UUAAAUAUUAAAGUCCAAACUAUUCGAAGUCUUGCUGUCACACAGUGCCAGGCGACUGAAGCUUGGAAAGCGAACACAGCAUGCUGAAGGAACUGCUCCAUAGAAGGAAGUUUAUAUUCUUCAUCUUUACUGUAGGAAUUGGUGGGAGUUUCCAAUUUGGGUUCAAUAUAUCUGCCAUCAACCCACCAUCAGAGCAUAUUAAGAACUUCAUCAAUGAAACAUGGAUUGAGAGACAUGAAACACCAUUACAGGAAUAUUCAUUGAUGCUCUUUUGGUCCUUCCUUGUAUCUGUAUACCCCGUCGGAGGGCUGGUAGGAGCACAAUUUGCUGCUGCUUUAACACUAAAGUAUGGAAGAAAGAAAUCCCUGCUCUGUAAUGAUGUUGUGGCAAUUGUAGCUGCGCUAAUAAUGGGCUUCAGCAAGAUAGCAAGGUCAUUCGAGAUGAUUGUGGUGGGAAGAUUCCUGUAUGGAAUUAAUAUUGGUAUUGGAAUUGUAGCUCACGGCCUGUACCUUGGAGAAAUUGCACCAAAGGAACUGCGAGGUGCCGUGUGUAUGACCCGAGCUAUAUUUGCUGCCUUUGGGAAAUGGAUGGGUCUGGUAAUUGGACUCAGGCAAAUUCUAGGCAAUGAAAAUACCUGGCACUUACUGCUAGCCUUCAGUGGACUGCCUGCCCUGAUACAGCUCGUCACAUUGCCAUGGCUCCCCGAGAGCCCCAGAUAUCUACUCAUGGAGAAAGGAGACACAGCUCUCUGCAUCGAUGCUCUCCGAAGACUGUGGGGUCCAGGCGAUUUCACUGAGGAGGUUGAAGACAUGUUAGCAGAACGGGCGCAGAUGCAGGGGACGAGCAAGAAGAACAUUGUACAGCUGUUCAGAGACAAAACGAUACGAUGCCAGCUCCUGACAGCCAUGGCUGUCAGUACUGGUAUGCAGCUCAGUGGCAUUAAUAUUAUCUACUUUUACGCUUCUGAUGUUUACCAUCAACUUGGAAUCUCCAAGGAAAAUAUCCCUUUCGUGGGAAUAGGAUCAAGUGGGAUUGAAAUGUUGACUUCAGUGAUGUGUGGAUUCAUUAUUGAGCGUGCAGGGAGAAAGGUUCUGUUGUGGAAAGGGUACUGCUUCAUGGCAUUUUGGAUACUACUACUGAUCAUUACACUCUCUCUGAAGGAAAGAUUCUCCUGGAUUCCAUAUUGUAGCCUCGUCUUCAUCUUCGCUUACAUCCUGACUUUCGGAAUGGGUCCAGGUAGUGUCAGUGGAGUCUUACCAUUGGAAUUAUUCACUCAACCCAACCGAUGCAUCGCAUUAGUGGCUGCGAACUCACUGCAGUGGCUAUCCCUCUUUGCUCUGGGACUGGUUUUCCCUUUCAUUAUUGAGGUCCUGGGGCCUUUCUCCUUCAUUCUUUUUGUCGUAAGCUGCUUUUUGGCUUCGCUCUUCACGUUUUACGUCCUUCCUGAAACGAAGGGGAAAACGCUUCUUCAGAUCAACGAGGAGUUUAACAAUCUGCGCAUCGCACGGAAGGGAAUGUGGUCCAUCUUCCGAAAAAGGCCGGCUGUUCCAAACCAGACCGAGACUUUAUCGACCCGAGCGUGAGCAGGGAAGAGGCGAACAGCCCCGGGCCGGCACCGUUUUCACAAAACGCCCUAACUGCUUGCUUUCAUGAACCAUGUAUUUCUCACCAGGAAACCUUCUACAGCUUGUUUCUUGUUUCAUGUCAGGCAGUGCCUUCUGCAAAACUGUCCGAAUCAACACCGUAAGUGAACCAUCAGCAUUAAAACGAAACAGUUUUACAACUAUCGUCACCAAAGCAUUCAAUAAAAUGAAUCUUAUACGCCAGAUUUA